AUGGGAUCUUCUUUAAACUCUGUCGUUUUGCUGCUUUUGUCCCUUACUCUCAGCUCUUUCGUUGUCGUUUUGGGUGAUGAUAGCCUUUACAAGAACCUGGACGUAACAUGGGGAGAGGGUCGUUGCAACAUACUCAACGAUGGCAGUCUUAUGGCAGUGACACUCGACAAAGUCUCAGGCUCAGGUUUCGAGUCAAAGAAUGAAUUUCUCUUUGUCAAGAUAGAGAUGCAAAUCAAGCUCGUUCCUGGAAACUCCGCUGGCACUGUCACAGCCUUCUAUCUAUCUUCGAAAGGAGACCGCCACGAUGAAAUAGAUUUUGAGUUUUUGGGGAAUGUUUCUGGUGACCCAUACACUCUUCACACCAAUGUGUUUUGCAAAGGAGAAGGUAAAAGAGAGCAACAGUUUCGACUGUGGUUUGACCCCACUGCUGAUUUCCACACCUAUUCCAUCCUUUGGAGUCCUCAACACAUUUUGUUCAUGGUAGAUGGAAGUGCCAUUAGAGAAUUCAAGAACUUGGAGGGUUUUGGUGUUCCAUACCCCACAAACCGGGCGAUGAAGCUGUACUCAAGUCUUUGGAAUGCUGAUGACUGGGCCACAAGAGGUGGUUUGGUGAAGACAGAUUGGUCGAAAGCACCUUUCAAGGCCUACUUCAAGAGCUUCAAAGCUGAAAACGGGUGCAGCUGGUCUCGUGGUGGAUCAUGCAAAACCAUAUUCUCUUCAUUCAGCAACAAUCACAGGCUCUGGGAUAAGCUUGAUCAUAAAGACCAACAAAAGAUGAAACAGAUUCAGAAGGAUCAUAUGGUCUAUGACUACUGCACUGAUUAUGACCGAUUCCCUCAAGGCCCUCCCAAGGAAUGUUAUUAUAAGAAUCUUUACUAA